ACCCCGCAACCUUCUAGCCCGACCGCGAACCUCACCUUCCAACCCCAUCGAAUUCCAUCGAGAUCUGUUUCCUUUCUCGUUCAUACUGAUUCACAAGUAGACAAUAUACUUCUUUCGGUAUAUCAGGUCAUAUAUCGCGCUUGGAUCACUAUGUCACCUGCCGCAAUCAGCCAGACCGCUGUUACCUUACCUUCUCCGCCACAACAACCCGACACACCGACUUCGAAUGCUAUACCUGCAUCAAAACAUUUCGAUGACAUCUUUCACGCCAAGUUCAUGCACAUCAUCCAAGAAUGGAAGAAUGAUCCAUCUCGUGGCCAGCUAACUCAGAAGGAUCGAAAGACCUUUAUUGAGAAUGCCUUCUUUGAGACCGAUGAACUGUAUUUCGGCCGGCGUAUGAUGACUGAUCUUGAGAUCAAGCUUCGCGCCCUAACAAAGGUCUUCUACAAAGUUCUCGCAGAAGAACCCUGGUCCGAGGAUUGGAUACGCGCUCCUGAUGUUGAGCGUAAGCUUUCCAAGUUUGAGAUGCACGAAGAUUCUGUAGCUCUUGCCAAGGAGUAUGGCUUUAUCACACCCCGUGAGGCUGUCAAGGCGGCUCGCGAGGCUGGUAUCAAGAACGCAGAGACUUAUAAAGAGGCUCAAAAAGAAGGCAAGACACUCAAGGACAUCAAACUCGACCGUGGCCCAUUCGACGAUAUCGAGAUUGUCUACAUCGCCGGCACGGUCUCAUCGUCUGCUACAAGCAAGAUCGAUCGUAGUAGCAUAUAUCCUGUUUCAGUCUCUUCAGUCGCCAACGUCCUCCAGAACCAUAUCUGUAGAGACAUGGUCAGACCGUUCUCAAUGGCUGAGCGCUUUGUUAACUGCACCGACACCAAGGAACUAGAAGACAUGCGCCGCUUCGCAUGUAAUGUCUGCGAUUUCUGUCCUCAUCUUCUCGACAACGACAAUGUCAGCCUUCUCGUUGUCCUACUUAUCCUGUCGCGUUCUGACUGCUGUCGCCGCUUUGAGGCCAAUGGCAUUCGAAUUGAAGGUUCUACGAUUAGUCACCGCAAGGCUGAGUGCAUGAAGAACAAGAUGGGCUGGAAGACAUCCGAAGACAAGAAGCCCUACGACAACUUCGCUCAAGAGUUCCAGACUCGUGUCAAGAAUGCCUGCUUCCCAGCUCCCCGAGCUCAGCGCAUUGGUGGUCGAAAGCCACCGCGCAACUCUUCUGGUCCAGCGACUCCUCCGGUUUACGCCCAGCCUCAUAUGGGCUAUGUUGCGCCCCCACAGGUUCGCACCGACAACGUAAAUACUGGCAUCAACGCUCCUGCUCCACCUGCACAGAACAGUUUCCCGCAGCCUGCUGCUCCAGCGAUCAGGGACCAGCGUAGUCGCGAAUCAGCUGGUGCUGGUAGCAGCGCUGCCGAACCCAUGGAUCUUUCCUAAAUUGUUUAGCGUGUCAUCAACGGGCUUGGCAAGUUCAUAUCCAAGAAUCAUUACUGCAUGGUUAAGGCGUUUUUUUGUUACCUUGGGCUCUGCAUAUGGGUACAAAAACGGCGUUCCAUGCAUCAUGUCCGAUUUACCUACGUGGUUGCGACAUUAUGCAUGCUUCAGUGUAAUUAUAGUCACUUUCCUGUAAAUAGUCAUACUGUCAGUACAUAGUCAUCUAAUACACACAUGCCUGGAUUUAUAAUUCAGAGCAUGCAGCCGAAGCAUCUUCCAGUAGAUGUUCGUGUUUGAAGCAAGCUAGACUGUGGAGUUCGCAAAGGAUGUUAAUGUGUCAUCAUAUUGUUGAUUUAGUCCGAC